AUGGCUUCAGGCAAUGAAGACACGAAAAUGGACGUCACAGAAGAAAAAGCAGAGAGCAUUCCGCCAAAAAAGGUUAGCAACAAGUUAAAAAAUUUUGAAAAUACCUGCUGGGAGAAAUACCGAUUAAAACAAAAUGACCUAUGGGAUCAGUACGUAGAAGAAGCAUGGAAAGUGUACCAAGAAAAAUACGUAGAAAAAGCAAAACAAACGCACGAAGAAUUGCAGGAAAAACUAAAGGAUGAAUACAGAAAAAAGGGAUACAAUGUCAAAAGUGUGGGACCCCCAAUACCAUUUGAGGACUACAAAAAAGACAUGAGAAAACUCGGAUACAAAUUGAGAAUUGAAUUGAGUCCAGAAGAAAGAGAAGCAGACAAAAAAGAAGAAGAAAUGGAGGCAGCUCAAAAAGCAGAGGAAAUAGAAGAAGCUCUAAAAGCAGAAGAAAUGGAAAUAGCUAGAAAAGCAGAAGAAAUCAAAGCUGCUAGAUUUCCAACUCGCCCGUGUUCAAACCCUACAAAGCCAUUAGAAUUCUCCAAGCCAUUAGGAUUCACUACACUAAUGCCUCAAAAUGACAGUGGAUUCUUUCCCUUCAAAAUCGGAGAAUUACCUAAACGUCCGAAAUACUCCAUUCCCACUCCAUGGGGAGAAUGGGAAACAGGAAAAGAAAGAGUGGAACGUCUAAAAAAGGAAAAAAUGGAAGACGAGGAUUUCAAUAAACAACUGAAUAUCCAAUUUCGUAGAAGAGUAAGAGACAACCCUCAUAUCAAUUUCUCAACCGACAACUUUGGAAGUGGGAAACACAUCAAAUCCAUAGAUGAAAAAGUAAAAGACCUGCUUGAGGAUCCACAUUAUCCAGAGGCCAAAUUCAACAGUCUGAAAUGCGAGACACUCUUAGUAUCCAAUGAACUAGACGAUACGAGAAAAGAACUGGAAGACACCAAAAAAAUACUGGAAGACACCCAAAAAGAACUGGAGGACAGCAAAGAGAAACUGACUAAAUUGUCUGAAUUUAAAGAACAAGAUCCAGCAGAAUUCAUCGUUCCAUUAUUUGAAAAACCACCGGGAACCAGAAUGGAUUGGAUGAAAUCGGAUGCCAGUAGAGCAACAUGGAGCUUCUACAUCAAACCAGAACAAGCCAAAAAUGACAAAUUCAAGGCCAUGAGACUUCUGCUAUCAGAAUACUGCCACAAAUUCUGCUUAGUGGAAAACGGAGUAACUCAUAACAUCAACGGAGAAUUCCAAUUGAAAAAACCAAUGAACAUCAAGGGACUAACAGACCUACUUGGACCCAACAUCUAUAUCAACGGGGGCCCUAAAGAACUAGGCACUGAAAAUUGGUCUAUGGCUGCAGAAUUCGACCAGAAAGACUACUUCAACAUCUCUUUCACAGAUGAAACAAAAGGAACCAUUUCAAAAUUCAACAUUGAUUCGACCCAGAGUAACCCUAGAGUGGACACAUGGAUUAAACCGGUCAGAAGUAUACCCCUGAAAGCAGACGCUAACUGUGUAUUCGAAAUAUACAAGGAACAGGAAUUACAAGCCGGAGGACGGUUGUUAUCAGAAAAGGCAGUACCGCUACCAAACCCAGGCCUGUCAGUAAUGAUGACUUUGUCCUGGUGGACAUACCAAAAUAUGCCGGCGAGUGGCCGCAGCUGUGCCAAGUAG